AUGAACCGAGACAGCAUCUACUUGCAGAGCCUGACAAUGAGGCCUAGCGUGAAUUGCAGCCAAGAGCCUGGAAUAGAUGGCCGCUCUCCCUGCAUGAAACAAGACCUUGAAAAUAUCGACACUGAAGACCCGCGACCCCCCCCCGACCAUGCGCCAGAAUGGAAAGUCAUGCAAGUAAAACCGCACCGAACUGUCCACGCUCCUGACGAGGUUCUCGGAGGGUCAACCGAUACCGGGCUCAAGACCUUGCUAAGAUCCGACGGAGGCCCACGGACCUGCAGCCAUCCCCCCCACAAGACCUGGACCCCGGAGGGCAGAGAACCCAAGGGCAGGGGGCUGCAUGAAGCUAACAAACCAGACAGCAAGCUACCUCCCAAGCACAGCAUGCAGUGGAGUGUGGCACAGCAUGACACACUCCACUGGAAUGUGGAGUGUGGCAAGUGGGGAUGA